GAAACUCUCCCUUCCCAACCUCUUCCCUGUGCUCUUCCCCCUCCUCUUUUGUUUCAAUAUUUAAUUGCAUUUAUUUCGGAAUUACUAGGCAACCCACCCCCAGAUGUGGAAUUUAAAGGUGAUGUGCUUGCAGUGAGAUUUUCAGGAUCUGCUCAGCAGAGCACCAUCAUGUGAUACUGGGAUAAGGUGGAGUUCGGCUUUAAGGGGGAGUCUCCAGCCUUCCUCACCAAUCUUUAGGAUCUCAGCUGGAGGAAUAUCAGAGGAUCUUUCCCUGCUCCUACUCCAUCCAGCCUCCUGAGCCAGCCCCAUAGCAGACCAAAGGCAGACAGAGCAGUUGCAAGUGCUGCUAGCUGAGAUUAAGGUGUUCAGAGUUCCUGAUUUGCCGCUGACUCAGUGCCAGUGUUGCUGUGGGCACUCAGCCGCUCAACAUCAAGUGAACAUUAUUAGGUGGUGCGAGGGGGAUGCGGCACCGAGGAGCGGGCUCGGCAGAGGGUCCCCUGACGGGCACGGUUUGAACGCCGGGAGCGCUUUGGAUGCCGGCGGCGGCGGCUGUGAAGGUCGUGGAGAGUUGGAAACGACAUGAAUUCUUCGGUUCUCACCCCGCUGGGAAAUAUGACCGGUCUUCUGAAUUUUUCAGAGAAGAACUCACAGUUCUUGCAGUUUGAGGAUGAAGAUUGCCAUGUGCCUUUGGCCAUGGUCUUUACUUUGGCCUUGGCUUACGGCACUGUGAUAAUUCUGGGAGUUUCUGGGAAUCUGGCCUUGAUUGUCAUUAUUUUAAAACAGAAGGAGAUGCGCAAUGUUACCAAUAUCCUCAUAGUCAACCUGUCCUUUUCUGAUCUUUUAGUGACCAUCAUGUGUCUUCCCUUUACCUUUGUGUAUACUUUAAUGGACCACUGGAUUUUUGGGGAGGCCAUGUGCAAAUUGAAUCCUUUUGUGCAAUGUGCCUCAAUUACAGUCUCAGUCUUUUCUUUAGUCCUCAUUGCUAUUGAACGCCACCAGCUGAUCAUUAAUCCUCGUGGCUGGAGGCCAAACAAUAGACAUGCGUACAUGGGGAUUGCUGCCAUAUGGAUUUUAGCCACAGCUUCGUCUUUGCCUUUCCUGAUCUACCAUGUGUUAACAGAUGAACCCUUCAGAAACCUAACAUUUGAUGAAUAUAAGGACAAAUAUGUGUGCUUGGACCUGUUCCCUUUGGACACUGCUAGGCUCUCUUAUACCACAACGCUUUUAGUGAUUCAAUACUUCGGACCGCUUUGUUUUAUAUUUAUUUGCUACUUGAAGAUAUACAUACGGCUGAAAAAAAGGAACAACAUGAUGGACAAGAUAAGAGACAAAGUGCUUUUCAGGAGUGUCCGUCUAAGACCAUUAGAAGCAAUAUGAACCCCAGGAAAGCUGUCACUACAGAGGACACACAUCCCAGCAUAAAAUUAGGACAUUCUGAUUUGAAGAGUUUUUUUUUUUUUUAAUCCAGUUUUUGGUUGAUGUAAAAAUCCUGUAAAAUCAGCCUAGGCAUGCAGAAAAAUGAUUCUGUGAAACCUGUAGAAUAUGUUAAAUGGGGACAUGCAGUUGUCUCAUUCAUAGAGUCAAUUCAGGCUGUAAUCACUUAGGUUCAAAGACAGGAUUGAGAGAGAGAUUUUGUUCUCAGUUAAGAGAAUAAAACCCUACAGUAAUUCCACAGAGAAGGAGAUAACUCUGAUGUUUCACAGCAGCCAAUGAAAGCACAAACAGACCUUCAGUCCCAACUGAUUGCAGAUUGCAAUAUUACAGGCUUUUUAAUUUAAAAAAAACAAACCCCAUUUUCAUCUGCUGUCACUGACAGGAAUUAGCGUGGCUGGGAUUAUUUGUAUUCUCUGUCCCAAUCCUAUGAACCAUGUAAAUUUGCCUUGAGAUGUGUGUCCAGAAUCUAAAGGGAGAUGGGACUACUCACUGUCUGGACAAGGUGCAAUUCCAUCCUCACAGGUGGCAGUGAAAAUCAGGUAUGGUAUUAAAAAAAUUAAGCUUUAGCUAUCUGAGGCUUUUCACAAUAAUUAGUGCUGAUCUAUAUAAAUUAUGUAUAGGCUUAUAAUAUUGUGUGUUCAGAUGCAAUGGUAUAAACCUGGAUUAUCUCCAAGACAAUGAAUGGUUUAAUCAAGAUCUGCAGAAUUUAAAAGGAGGAUAUGAAUAUAGUUUGGGUGUAAUAGGCAUGUUUAGCUUCCAAACUCACAGUGGUUACAGUUGGUUGAAGUGCAGAAAUAUUUGACAAAUACACAAAAUAGAGCUCUGUUAUUGCUUAAAGUAUAUGUACUUUAAUUACACGAAAUAUACACAAGUAGAUCCCCACCUGAGGGAAACCCACAUAACUUGAUUGCUGUAAGUGAAACUACAAUAUCCACCAGCUGAGUUUCUGUGUCAUACAGUGUACUUUGCUGUAUAAUCAAUGCCUUUUUGAAUAAUCAGCUUUUUAAAAUACAACGUAGACCUUACUGUCUUUUCGCAAGGUCACUUUAAACCAUUCUGGCAGAGAAGAAGGUCUUUGAAAUGUCUAUAAAUGUAAAUGUAGCACAAAUGGCAAUCUGAUCUGAUGUCUCUCUGAACAAAAACCAUCUCAGGAUGUGACGGUAAAUUUAAUAUGUUCUAAAUUUGACAAGGAUAAAUGCCUAAGAAAUGAAAAUUAUUUGGUUUGCCAGUAUUUAAAAGUCAAAAACUGUGCCUUGUGCUGUCCUAUAAAUAGUGUAGAAUAUUGAAGUAGCAAUGUGUUCUUGUGCAUUAUAAUUCCAUGUAUUUCUCUACUGGCAGGUAAUAUAAUUAAAAAGGAGGUUUCUGUGGUUGAGGACAGGGAAUGUAGAAAAUGAAUUAUAAGACAGAACUUUCUUUUAGAGCUUUGCAAUUUUGUAUUUUAUGAGAUUUCCCUUUUCUUUGUGGCUCCCUAUGGAACAUGUUGCUAAUAAUUUGACCAUGGUCUGAAAUUAUUUCCUUAUUACUUUACAGUAAUUUUCACAGGCUAAGGGGGGUGCAUUUUCACAAAGAGAUACAAUGUAGAAAACCAACCAGGCUUUUCUAUUAAGAAUUUCACAGAUGGCUUUUCCCAUUAGGAGUAAAAAAAACCCAAUUACAGUGAAUUUUAUGUUUUGGUGUUUUUUUUCCCCACUUUUUUUUGGGAAAAAAAAACACAAACCCA